AGUCUAAACAUGCUUUACUAAACAAACGUAUUAAAUUUUAUUUUAUUAAGUAAAGAAGAAAGAAUUAGCAAUAUGGAUAUAAAGGAGGAAGAACACAACCAAGAGCAACCCGCGGAGAUUACUCUGAGCAGCUGUCCAGGAACCACGCCCGCCACACCGUUGAGCAAAAACCAGCUGAAAAAGCAACGAAAGCACGCCGAGAUGCUGGAGUUACGAAAACUUCGAAGAAUGAAGGAGCGCGAGCGUCGAAAGGAGAAGCGAAUGGAGGCCAAGGCCAAAGGCCUGCCAGUUAAUGUGGGUCCGUCUCGCAAGGAGUUGAAACGCCGCCAGCUAACGGCAAUCGACAAACAAAGCAGUCCUGAUACAAUCAGCGUAGCCAUCGACUUGGAUUACGACGAUCUGAUGCAGGAACGCGAUGUGGCCAAGUGUGUGAAGCAGUGUCUACGCAUCUAUACGAUUAAUCGGCGUGCCACCCAGCCGCUACGUCUGCACUUUACAGGCAUUAAGAGUGAUGGCCACAUCCACGAAUGCUUCAAGAAAAACGACGGCUGGGAGAACUGGCAUGUUGAUUACCACUUCGAUCGCACGCACACUGAACUCUUCGACAAGCAGAAAAUGGUUUAUUUGACGUGCGAAUCGGACACGAUACUUGAGAAGUUGCUGCCCGGAUACACGUAUGUCAUUGGCGGCUUAGUCGAUCACAAUCACUUUAAGGGUCUCUGCCACCAGCGUGCAACAAGUGCGGGACUUCUCACUGCUCGCCUGCCGCUCAGCGAACACGUGGACAUGAAGACACGCUCCGUACUGAGCACCUUUCAUGUCUUCGAACUUCUGACACGUGUGGCAGCCAACCAGGGAUGGACUCAGGCAAUUUUGGAGACUAUACCGCAGCGUAAGGGUGCCAAAGCUAAGGAGACUAGCAGAGGCAUGGAAAUUAUGCAAACGGAUGGGCAAGAAAAUGGCAAACACAAGGAGAACGAGCAAGAUAAAUUUGAGAGAUCGAAUGAGGAGACAAAUGAUCUUCGAGAGAAAAUAAUGACGAGUUGACCCUUAUAUUGAAGAAUAUUCCUAUUUUGAUCCUCU